CCAAGGGCAACGUUCUGUCGCUUUACUUGUCUAUGCAUAGGUAAAGGUUAGAGCGUUAUUGUCGCGCAACCUGUAAGAGCGGACGGAGUAGACUUGAAGAGGCCCUCGUUCUGGUUAUUAGGUAUUAGGUUGUGCAUAUAAAAGGUAUUCGUAUUAGCUUUGCUAUUUCAUAAUUUCUAUUCAUAAGAAACGUAUCGUUCGAUAACAUCUUUGUCGACGUGCACGAUGACGACGGUGAACGUUCAUACUAAACCCACUGAGAGGGUGUGUCCAAUGAAGAUGCCCAGCUACUCCUACAACUACCCGUCCUUGAGGAAGGUCCAGCUGGCCGCUGUGAAGGAGGGACUGUUCCACCCGAAACUCCCGACCUUCCGCCGUAUGGACAUGGAUACGGCCGGACACAAACUCCCGGAUGAGCACUGCAGGACUACGACAAGCAGUGGUCCAGUGGACUUCAGGCGAGCUACCACUACACUGUUCCAGCCUCCCAAGCAGCGGCUGUCCAGCAUGAAUGUCACAGACACAGGUCGCGAGCUCCACAGAUACUACACAACGCCAGAGGAAUUAACGAAAACGCGCCAACAGUGGUCGGACUUUCUCAACAAGUCACCAGAACGCUAUGAUAUCAAUCUUCCUGAGACCCCGGAAAACAAAGACCUCCGUUUCGUGGGAUAUGCUGUGCGGUACCUUCGCCCUGAGGUCACGAGGUCAUGGAGGUACACCCUGAGGCAGGACCCUAUGUUGGAUCAGUAUGGACAGCGCCCAAUGCCAGCUAAUGUCUUCGCCCGCUACCGUGACACCUACCCUCAGUACAGCCGAAACAUCGCGUCUGAAGCCUGGCGCUAACACUGUUACCGUCCCAUCGCACAUGUCAUUUAUUUAUUCAUCAUUUACACUUUAAACUAAACAUGUUAUAACUUCGUUUAUUGUUCACACGUAUUCUGUAAAUUUUUUGUUAAGGCAUACGGAUGUAUUUACUUCAGUAUUAAUCGUGAUUCGUGAUUCGUUUUGUUUGGUAGUAACUAAUAUCAAAACGUACCAACGGGAUAUUUUACAUCAGAAUUAUAUUUAUGUGUUGGUAGCCUUGCAUUACAAGUAAUCACAGUUUGAAUUACAAAUCAUGGGAUCUUGAAUGUAGCUCCUGAAUACUGUAAAAUCAACAUGUAAAUUCACGAUUUAUAGCUUGAUGCCAAUGUCCUGGGCCCACUUGCACAAAGCAAUCUUAGCGCUACGACUAUUGUAAGCCUUUGUUAAAGUAUGGGAGUUACGAUCAUCUUAGCGCUAAGAUCGCUUUGUCCAAUGAGCCCAGGAGGACCUCUCAUUUCGUUGUACAAGGGGAUUCAUGUACUUCAAUGUUUCGUAUCUACCAGAGGUCUAAUUAUUUAUGGACGGUAUUAUGCUUCGAUGUAUUCAGUCACACCUGUAUAUAAGUCAACGCCCCUGAACAGUAUUAUUGUAUUGCACAACAGUAUUAAUUAUUUAUUCCAAGUUUAAGUCAACGCCCACUGAACAGUGUGAUUAGGUUAUUGCACAUCAGAAGGGAACAACAGUAAUAAUUAUUACAAGUUUAGUCAACGUCUCUUGAACAGUGUGAUUAUGUUAUUGGAUAUCAGUAUUGAACAACAGAAUUAAUUAUUACAAGUUUAGUCAACGCCUCUUGAACAGUGUGAUUAUGUUAUUGGAUAUCAGUAUUGAACAACAGUAAUAAUUAUUACAAGUUUAGUCAACGUCUCUUGAACAGUGUGAUUAUGUUAUUGGAUAUCAGUAUUGAACAACAGUAUUAAUUGUUACAAGUUUAGUCAACGCCUCUUCAACAGUGUGAUUAUGUUAUUGCACUUCAAUAUUGAACAACAGUAUUAAUUAUUACAAGUUUUAGUCAACGCCCCAUGAACAGUAUUAUUAUUGUAUCGCGCAUCAGUAUUAAACAACUAUAUAACAGUAUAUAUACUCUGGAUAUUUUGCUGUCUAUUUAUUUAGCUGCGACUUUGUUUACCGCAAUGAUAUAUGCUGCUUGAAUGGACAUUGCUCAAUUUGUACUUUUGUAUUGUAACGAGGAAUAUUUGUCAGUCAGUCUGACACUUAUCUUUCAUUGAUUAUCACACGCCCUGCUCUACAAGAGAGUAUUCGGCAGUAUUAAGUCACAUGACCUACCGAGCCAGUAUUAAGCUUUGCUCAAUUGUUGUUGUAUUUUAAUAUGUGUAUGGCUAUGUUUGUGUUUUGUUGUAAAUAAAACGCAUGAAUCAUA